GCGCCAUCGAGCCUCUCUCCACCCACAGAUCCAACAUGGCGGUCUCUGUGUUCCCCGGCGUGCGGCUGCUCUCCAUCGGAGACGCCAACGGAGACAUACAGCGACACUCAGAGCAGCAGACGCUGCGGCUAGAGGUCAAAACCUCGCAGGACGCCGCACUUAUCAAUCUCUCCAAUGGAGAGGAAACGAGUGUGUUCAAGUGUUCGGUUUCCCGGGAGACGGAGUGCAGCCGCGUGGGGAAGCAGUCGUUCAUCAUCACGUUGGGCUGCAACAGCGUCCUCCUGCAGUUCUCGUCACCCGCAGACUUCCAGUCAUUUUAUAAUCUUCUGAAAAACUGUCGUGGACACCUUGGCGAGCACUCGGCGUUCAGCGAAAGAACAGAGGAGUCCUCUGCUGUACAGUAUUUCCAGUUUUACGGCUACCUCUCCCAGCAACAGAACAUGAUGCAGGACUAUGUUCGGACAGGGACCUACCAGCGGGCCAUUCUCCAGAACCACGCCGACUUCAAGGACAAGGUGGUGCUGGACGUGGGCUGUGGCUCGGGGAUCCUCUCUUUCUUUGCUGCUCAGGCCGGAGCCAGGAAGGUCUACGCCGUGGAAGCCAGCACGAUGGCCCAGCACGCCGAGGUGCUGGUGAACAGCAACCGUCUGGGGGAGCGCGUGGUGGUGAUCCCGGGGAAGGUGGAGGAGGUGACGCUGCCCGAGCAGGUCGACAUCAUCAUCUCAGAGCCCAUGGGCUACAUGCUGUUCAACGAGCGCAUGCUGGAGAGCUACCUGCACGCCAAGAAGUUCCUCAAGCCCAACGGUAAAAUGUUUCCCACUAUUGGAGACGUCCACCUCGCCCCCUUCACAGAUGAGCAGCUCUACAUGGAGCAGUUCACCAAAGCCAACUUCUGGUAUCAGCCCUCCUUCCACGGCGUUGACCUCUCGGCCCUGCGGGGUGCAGCGGUGGACGAGUAUUUCCGCCAGCCAAUCGUGGACACGUUUGACAUCCGUAUUCUGAUGGCCAAGUCCGUCAAACACACCGUCAACUUCUUAGAGACUAAAGAGGAGGAUCUCUACAGGAUAGAGAUUCCCUUCAAGUUCCACAUGAUGCACUCUGGCCUGGUGCACGGCCUGGCCUUCUGGUUCGACGUGGCGUUCAUGGGAUCAGUGAUGACAAUAUGGCUGUCCACGGCCCCCACGGAGCCCCUCACCCACUGGUACCAGGUGCGCUGCCUGCUGCAGUCGCCGCUCUUCACCAAGGCCGGGGACACGCUGUCAGGCACCGCCGUGCUCGUGGCCAACAAGAGACAAAGCUAUGACAUCAGUAUUGUAGCCCAGGUGGACCAGACAGGAUCAAAGUCCAGCAACCUCCUGGACUUGAAGAAUCCCUUUUUCAGGUACACAGGCACCACCCCCAACCCCCCUCCCGGCUCACACUACACCUCCCCAUCCGAGAACAUGUGGAACACGGGGGCGGCCUACAACAUGAAUCAGGGGAUGGCUGUAUCAGGGAUGCCUGCAGCUUAUGACCUCAGCACCGUCAUCGGCAGCGGCACGCCAGUGUCACACAACAACCUCAUCCCCCUCGUGAACACGGGGAUCGUAAACCACACCCACUCCAGGAUGGGCUCCAUCAUGAGCACAGGAAUCGUCCAGGGAGCCACCACCGGACAGUCGGGCCCCAGCAGCAGUGGUACUUACUACCCCGUCACGAACCAGUUCACCAUGGGGGGCGCCGCCAUCUCCAUGGCUUCACCCAUGGUCGUCCCCGGCAACACCAUGCACUACGGCAGUUAAGAUCAAGACCUCUCAAAGAGCUGUUUGCCCUCCCGCGCCCCGCAUGAUGAACUCCCCCCUCCUUUCCCCUUCCAAAAAAAAAAAAGAGAAGAAAA